CAGCCGAGUCUCAGUCUGGUAUGUAAACAAGGUCAGACACUGCAGCAGACAGGCGGGACACUUGGGCAGGGGAAAAUACUCGCUUUAAAGAGAAGAGAAGAACCAGACAGUCUCUGCAGCCUCUUUAAGCCUGAGGCACAGACCAGCCAAGAUGAUGCAGUGUUUUCAUUUCAUGCUGGAGCCUGCCAAAAACCUGACGGCCAAGAUAAAAGAAUCACACUACAGAGCAAAGAAGGAGAAGAGAGAGCCGCUGGAUGAGGACCAGCUGUUUAUUGUGGAUCUGGCAAGAAAUCUCAACCGUGUAUGCCAGAAAUCUGGAGUCCUGGAGCACAUCUGGAAUCAAGAUGACGACUGGCCAACUCCUCUCUGCAGGGCCUUCAUCGUGCAGUGGGCCUCCAUGUUGGAGAGCAAGAAGAGGCCCAUGCAGACUGAUGGCUGGCCAGAGAAGGACGACUGCAAACAGCCUGAUGUGAUUACUGAGCAGGACCUGCUGCAGGCCAAGACUCUGCUUCUCAACUGGAUGAAGGAUGUGAGAGCUCAACCUGAGCAAAGCGUGUGGCCCGGUGAGCCCAUGGUGAAGGUUUUAGGAGAUCUACAGUCCAGCUGGCGCUGGGGUCGUGUUCCCAACCUUCUGGCUGCGAUGGAGCUGGUCAUGUGGACUUUAAUGUUCCAGCAGCCUGAUAAGGACACCAUACCUCAGCAGUGGCUUCUGUGGAAGCAAAAGACUCAGAACAUUGGUGCCAUAUCCUAUGUUCCUCAGCCAGUUUGGGACUGGAUUACAGAUGCUGCAGUGGAGGUCACUCUGGACCUGGACACGGCCAACCCUGACCUGCUCAUCACGGAUGAGAAGAGGAUGCGCUGCGGCUUUGAGAGGAAAGACAUUCCCAACUAUCACCAGCGUUUCGAUGGCUGGUGGUGCGCUGUUGCAGUUGAGAGCUUCAAGUCCGGUCGCCAUUACUGGGAGGUGGAGGUGGGAGAGCGGGACUGGCGGCUGGGCGUGGCCAAAGAGUCGGCUCUGAGGAAAGGCUUCAAGUCUCUAAACACUGACACAGGUUAUCUGACCCUGAGGCUGGAGAGGGGCACUGAGCUGAAGGCGCUGACUGUGCCCUUCACCGCCCUGCCACCUGGCCUGAUCCCGAGUAAAGUGGGCAUCUACCUCGACUAUGAAAAUGGCCAACUUUCUUUCUAUGAUGUGGAGCGACAUUUCCACAUUUACACCUACAAUGAAACCUUCAAUGAGAAUCUGUUCCCCCUAUUUGGUACAGUGGAGAUCAUCAAAGAUCUGGUAAUCACAUCUCCGGAAAGCAAGUCUGAGUGUCUCUGCCCCUCAUCCUGCCUCUGGGUUUAAGUUUUCCUCUGUCAGCUUUUCCUUAUGAAACCCGUAGAGAACAUCAUGAAAUAUAGCAAACAAGAAUCACAGAUCCUGAUGUGAAAUAUCUCUAAUAGCUCCACUAUGUGACCACUGUAUGAUGCUGCUGCUGCUGCUUUGAUGUGAUUGUUGCAACCAUUCUCUCAGUAUAGAGCAAUAGUGCUGCCCUUUGCUCAUACAUGAUGUAUUUUCAUAUGUUUGAAAUGAAACCCAUAGUAAUAAUGCUAUGUACUGUGCAAUAUUAAUCCUGCAAUAACAAUGCACUUCUGAGGCGAAUGAAUAAAACCAAAUCAACGUUCUAA